CCCUGUGAAGGCACAGGCUUCCCUGGAAGCACCCACCCAUCUGCUCUUUAUAAAGGCAAGCUGAAUAGCUAGCAGAGCAGAGAGGCUGAGCUAAACGCAGAAGCUCCAACUCCUUCCACCAUGCAGGCCUCCGCAGGACUUCUAUUCUUGCUGCUCACGGCCAGCAGCCUCACCACCCAGGUGCUGGCUCAGCCAGCUGUCCCGACGGCUUGCUGCUUUAUUCUGACCACUAAGAAGAUCCCCACGCAGCGAUUGGAGAGCUACAGAAGAAUAACCAACAGCAAAUGUCCACAGAAAGCCAUCGUCUUCAUGACCAAGCUGGGCAAGGAGAUCUGUGCUGACCCCAAGCAGAAGUGGGUCCAGGAUUCCAUGAAGCACUUGGACCAAAAUCCUCCAAUUCCAAAGCCAUAAGUAAUCUUCUCUUUUGAAACUAAGAUAGAGCCUGAGACAUGCUUGGUUUAUGCUCCUUUCUUAAGAUGUGCUUUGAGAUAACCUCAUCACCAUUCCCCAAGGAAUGUGCUUCAUUUAGUAAUGGAUGGAACCUGAAGUCGCCAUGUUCAGUGAAAUAAGCCAGACUCCAAAAGAUUGUGUAACUCCUCGCGUAUGCAGAAUCCGAAAUGGAAAAAGGAAAGGGGAUGCUGGAUUAUUGAGGAAUAGUGUGGAGGACAGCAUUUCAGGGUAUAACUGAGGAUAAUACAGGGGUAAAUGUGAUCUAGUACCUUACAGACAUGUUUGAAAAUGUCAUGAUGUGAUCCUUUGUUUUGUACAAUUAAUAUGCUCUAAUAAAACAUUAAUAGUAUAAACGUU